GCGGCCGUGAUUAAAAAAAAGAAACUCUUAGAAUAUUAUCUGUCGCAGAGCACAGAUUGAGUUAUCUAUUUGUGUUGUUCGACAGAAAUGUAAAUCGUUGUUCAUCAAGUAGUUCAAGUGUACGUUGUCCUCUUGCGAUGGACCCCAAAAACAACCUGAUGGGUGUCGACGAUACGGUGUUCAUGCUGCUGGAGAAGUUGAAGUCUAAUGGCACGUUCGACGAAUUUCGUAGAUAUUGUGUUACCGAUAUUGACGCCAAGCCAACUUUUCUGAAUUUGAAACAGCGAAUUGAAUCAAAUGUCAUCAAAUUUUUGAGUAAAAUUAAAUAUACUCCUGAAUUGAAUAAGAACAUUGUCCGUGAGAGAUUAAAGAAACAUUUAUUUGAUGGACGUGAAGCUCAUGAUAUUGAAGAAGGCACUGAUAGAAUACUCAAUCAAGUAUUGGCACCCAGAAUGGUUAAUGUUUUUGAACCUAAAAUAGAAAUUGCCGUGAAUGAAUACUUAGGAAUCAAAAAUGAAGACCCUCUAACUGAAGUUAAUGGUUUAAAAGAAUCAAAUACGAACCCAAAAAAUAUUUCUGAUGUUGAAAAAAACAUUAUUUCCGAUACUAAAAUAGAUUUAAUCUCAGAUACUGAAAAUGUGGAUAACAUUGAUGAAACGUCUCCUGAAUUUGAACCACUAUCAGUUCUUGAUAAUGAAAAUAGUAAUGAUGAGAGCAUCUCAGGUAUGUCAGAUCUAGUCAGUGUUGGUAGCCCAAUACAACUUGUUCCAAAAGAAAACCAUGAUAAUACUUCAAAUGGUUUUGAAAAUGACAAAAAUAUAUUAGAAAAACCACAGCAUAUAGAUAAAAAUGGUAUUAUAAACCACAAAAAUACUAAACCAGACAAUAUUAAGAUUUCAACUAAUAUUGAAAAAUUAAAAACAAAUGAUACAAAACCCAAAAGUAAAAAUAGUUUUUCCAGUAAACAUUCUAGUAAUCAAGAAAAAUCUAGUACACAUAAGUCUAAAAAUCGUAAUUCUAACAGCCAUCGUUCUACUAGCCAAGAAAAGAACGAUAUUAAAAAAAGUAACAGUAAUCAUUCCAAAGAUAGAAAAAAUAGUAAUCACCGGCAUCAUAGUGAUUCCAAAGAUAAAAAACAUAGACAUGAUAAAAAAUCAAACCAUAGUGAACGUGAUAAAACACCAAAAAGGGAUAGAAAAAACUCUAGAUCAGAUAAAAAAGAAAAGUCCUCUAGUCUUUGUAAAGAGCCUAAGUCAUUAAAUGGUAAUCGAAGUGAUGAUGAAAGUAAUGCUGGGGGAUCUUCAAAGCAAAAAAGUAAUGUUCAUAAAAAUAAAAGUUCUACAUCUGACAAAUCAAAGUCUUCCUCUAGCCAUCAUAAAAGUAGUAGAAAAGAUAAUGGUAGUAAAGAUGUUGUUGAUAAAUCUAAAGAUAAGUCAUCUAUAUCUAAAACUUCUUACAACUCAAGUCAUAAAAUUAAUAGAACUCACUCUAAAAAACGUAAACAUUCUUUAAAUAAUGAUGAUAAGCUAUCAGAAAGCAAUCCUAGUAUUCAAGAAAAGAAACCAAAAUGGAGUGAUUUUAUGACAAACGAUGAACAGGAUGCAGCAAAUGUUUUGUUAUCAAUGAGUGAAAUUUCUUAUGAAAAUUCUCAUAGUGAAGUUAUAACAGAAAAUAUAUUAUUUAUUGGCAACCCUUCUUUUACUGAUAAUACGUUGAAAACCACAUCAAAUACUUCAGAAAAUAUAUUAGAAAACCAAGAAAAUUUGAUUCAAACAAACAAUGUUGAAUUCAGUGAUAAUAAUGAUAUAGAAGAAAAUUUUCAUUCACAAUCUAGUGAUAUAAAAACACCACAGUCAUUGCAAUCUAUUGACAAUGUUAAUGAAAAAUGUGUUCUACCAAUCAACCAAUCAAUAUCUGAGAAAGAAUAUUCUGCUGAUGCUGAAAGCUGCACAUUAUUAUCAUGUAAAGAUGAUGCUCCACAAAAAACUUCUUUUGAAAAUAUUAAAAUAACUUCAGAACCUAAUGAACAAAUUAAAUUAGAAGUUCCAAAAUUAAAAUUAAAACUUUUACCAAACCAAAUUAAUUUAUUAAAUCAUGAAAAAAGAAAAAAACAUCAUAAAAAUCAUAAAUCAAAGGUGAAGAAAUUAAAACAAGAUUCCUCUAAUGAAGUUGGCAUUUCUAUAAUUGAUACUGCACCAACGACUAUAAACUGUAAACAAAAUACCCUAGAACCUAUCUGUGAUAUUGACCUUAAAUUAAAUGAUAAUGUGAUUUCUGCACCUAACCAAGGAACAUUUAGUUUACCAAAAGAAAAUGAAAUUAAUAAUGCACAACCAUUGGAAAAUAAUGAAUCACUUAAUACCUUUAAAGGAUUUACACAAUCAGAUGCUGUCCCAUGUAAAAAUUAUGAGCAAUUAAAGCAUUUAGUAAUAGCCUUAAAGAAAAGUUUAUCCAAUGAAAAUAUUAAAAGUAUAAUUGAUACUGAUGGAUUCAAGGGUUUUACUGAUGAAGAACUCCGUCCAUGUAAAAACCGAGAUUUGGUUAACUUACAGAUUAUUAAGUUAAAAGAAGAAAUAGGCUUUCCAGGGUUUUCUGAAGAGGAAAUUCUAAUGAGUAGUGGUCAUCAGUUUAUCAAACAACAACUAGAACUUUCCAAAAAACAAAAUUAUAUAAAUGGUGAAGAGUCAAGUAUGACAUGUGAUGGAAAUGAAAUUAAAAAUCAAAGAACAUUUAAAGAAGUCAUGUCAAUUAUAUAUGAAAGUAACAAUGAUGGUAAUUCAACUACAAAGAAAAUCUACACAAAACCAGUUACUAUUGAAAAAAAAAAAUGUUCUGUAGUGAACAAUAAUAAUCAUGAUAUUACAGCAUCAAAUGAUUGGGUAGUUAAACAAGAAAUGAAGUAUAAACUGUUGCCUGUUAAAGUUAAACUUGAAAGACUAAUGGAAUACAGAUAUAAUGAUACUAAACAUAUGUCAAAUUCUCCUCAAGUAUCUUAAAUUACUAUAGACAAAUAAUAGGAACUACAAUAAUACCUUUUUAUUUCCAAGCAUCAGGAUAAUACAAGGAUCGAAAAUAAAUGUACCGGAUGUUACGCUUAUGGUCAAUUAUAACAAUUUUGAAUGUGUUAAUAUUGUUAUUCUUAUGUAUGUUUCAAACAUUUCUUGAAAAAUGAAGUACAUUUAUUUCUAUUGAUAUAUUGAAUUUGUAACUAUAAAAUACAAUUUGCCAAAUAGUUAUAGCAUAAUAUAAUAUUAAAUGUAUAAAAUGCGUAAAUAUUUAUAUCUUCAUGAAA